CAUGUAACAUGGUGCGGGGGGGCCGGUGGGUGGGCGGCCGGGCACUGCACCCAGCCAGCAGAGAAGUGGGGUCAAUGGACGCCUACCGUGCUCGCCCUUUAUGCCGUAAUCCUUCCUCGCUUUUCUGGAAAAACUGAAUAGCACUAGAAUCACUGACUCGAUUUUUGGAUCUCAUUUUCAUGACAAAGCGAUUGUUCCCCUUUUUUGCCUCCACCGUGCAGUUUAUAAACGUGGGAAAGUGGGGAUAUAAAAAGGGGCUGGCGAGGGGCUGCUGCGACACUGAGACCUCACAGGAACCACCAGCACCACCAUCAACACCACCAGCAGCACCAACAACACCAACAUCUCCGGGGCCGUCCCACACACUGCAUCCAAAAUGGGCAGGAUUGUCUUCUACGAGGACAAGAACUUCCAGGGACGUCGCUAUGAGUGCGACAGCGACUGCUCGGACUUCCACGCCUACCUGAGCCGCUGCAACUCCAUCCGGGUGGAGAGCGGGGCCUGGGUGGUGUACGAGCGGCCCACCUACACGGGCCACCAGUACGUCCUGACCAGGGGGGAGUACCCGGAGUACCAGCGCUGGAUGGGCCUCAACGACCGCCUCAGCUCCUGCAAGAUGGUCCGCUUCACCAGCGGGAGCCAGUACAAACUGCAGCUGUAUGAGAAGGCUGACUUCGGGGGCCAGGCCUUCGAGGCCACGGAGGACUGUUCCUCCCUCCUGGAGAAGAUCCGCUGGAGGGAAGUCCACUCCUGCAAGAUCCUCGACGGCUGGUGGGUUUUCUACGAGCACCCAAACUACCGCGGACGCCAGUACUUCCUGGAGAAGGGGGAGUACCGCAAGCCGGGCGACUGGGGGGCCGUCAGCCCGACGGUCCAGUCCUUCAGGCGCUUCACCGAGUGAUCUAACCGCCGUGCACGACGGUGAAAGAAAACGACCCAAUGAGCUGAUAUUUGCGAUGAUUUUAAUUCACUAUGAUGAAUAAAUAAAUAAAAAGAGUCCAGAAAGCAAA